GCUUUGCAGACCGUCCUUCAUGCCUGCACAAUCCAAAAGGUCGCCCUUCUUUGUUUGACCGAACCUCAGCAUAACAACGCAACGUAACGAACUCAGCAUGUACUACGACGACAGAUGCGAGAAGCACGAUCUCAAGCUUGGCAGUCAGCAAGCCACCAGCCAGCACAUGGAUGCACUUGGUCACUGGGCCCUACGAUUCGAAUGCAAAACUUGCGGCAAAAGAUUUCGUACCCAGGACUCGGCAGAUCAGCACAUGCGCGAUACGGGACAUCCGAAGCUUCAGUUCAAGUGCGAGACUUGCAACAGGAGAUUUGGAUCUCAAUCUUCCGUCAAUCAGCAUAUGAGUGCUUUGGAUCACUACAAGCGAUACUACUGCUAUGAUUGCGCCAAGGCGUACCAGGAUGAUAAUUCCUUGAAGAUGCACUGGAACUCAAGCAUCCACCGCGGGAAGAAUGUUACAUGCCUUUUUUGCAAGGCAGCUUUUACCUCGGCUAGCGGCCUUUCGCACCACCUUGAGACCAGCUCAUGCCUACAAGCCAGGAGUCUCAGUCACAGAAUUAUUUUCAACACCAUUAGUCUGCGGGACUGCAACGGUUUGUUGACAAACAAGCUUCUUACCGACCCGGACGAUGACACACAGAAUGGUGCCUCAAACGCAGCUUGGAACGGUUCUGAUUAUGAGUGCUACCUCUGUCAUCGAGAGUACAACACUCUUCAAGCACUGAAUCAGCACCUGAACUCACCGGCUCAUAGCGAGAAGCUGUAUCAUUGCCCGAACCGCAGCUGCAACCGUCAAUUUGGCCGCCUGGCAUCGCUUUUCAAUCAUCUUGAGAGCGAGAGUUGUAACUUUGUGCGAUUUGAAAAGGUGCAGAAACACGUUCACAAUUUCAUCACGGGACAACAGAAGCUCGUUGGCUUCGUUUGAGUGCACAACGGCUUGGCAGGAAAGAAUUUGUAAAUAUGUAACUAGUUUCUUGUGGUAUCCUUACGCCAGAAGUGUUCGUACACAGUCAGCAUCUAGCACCUCCUAAUCUUGGCCUGGGUUCGUACUGAAGUAUAUGAAAGGCUUACGGAGAUUCAAUAAGUCUACACGUUUAUCAAGGUUAUAGGGCUGAAAGUCAUCGACUGGUUGUUGUGACUUGGCCGUUA